AUGUUCGCAAAUUGGGAAAAUAAAUUGAACGGCCACAUCGACGCUUUGGUCGCUUGUACAGAUAAAUAUGACCGCGAACUAAAGUCGGAGAGUGUCAAAUGUUUUUUUGUGGUCGUUUUAACGGAGUUUCACGGCGAGACAUGCCAGCGCUUUUUCGAUGAUAUCCGCAAGCUUCUUCGCGACCGUUUACAGUCGACAUUGCCGAUUCCCCCAACAAUGAAUAUGUGCUUUUCGAUACUGAAAGUGAUAGAGGUGAUGAUGGACAGUGGGUUCAAUGAAGUCAAUUUGACAAACGGUUGUAAGUAUGUUCUAUCGAUGUUAAUGAACACGGGGUCUCCCGACUUAAUGCGGGAGACGGUUCGAGUGAUUCGGCAAAUCAUAUGUUUCAAUUUACACGACUUCAACAAACAGUUGAUGACAGCGAUUGAUUGUGAGCAACGUGGGAUGACUCUCUCGACCUCUUUAUGUACGGACUUUUCUCUUGAGAAGAUCACGAACAUGUUAGCCAAAAUGUUGAUCUUAAACGAAGUGAUAAUCAAUUCCCCAUCAACGUGUUACGCGACGACGCAGCCGAUUCUUGAGUUAAUUCAAAAGGGUUUGGUGAACGAAACCAUUGAAACGCGCAUUGAAGCGAACAAGGCGCUAGACGAGUUCUUCAAAGUAGUUAAGAAGGAUGCGCUCUUUAAAGAAGUGAUGGAGAAGAACUUAGGGAAUCUACAUAUGCCUGGCGAAGGGGAUGAAGCCGUCAUCCACGGAUCGUUAAUAGCCGCAAUCACUGUUUUAAAGAACAAAUUUGAUGAAGAGUAUUUCUAUCAUGUGAUGAAGGAAGUGUACCUCUCUGCGAAGAAUGGGAAGACUUCAUUGAUCCGGCGGGUCUCGCUUCUCAUGCUCUCGGACUUGUGUAAAAUCUCACCGGAGAAGUUUUACUGUCGCGAGCCGAUGAACCGAUUUCUGGACGAGGAAAUCAUUCAAGUGGAGAAGAGAAGUACCGGGAAGAUCAAGAAAGUGGGGAAGAAAGAAGAUCGGAUGAGUGGCGAUGUCCCGAGUUUACCGGAACUGAGUAAACUUGAGAAUGAGAAGUAUCCCUUCAGUCGCAUUGUAAUGUUCUUGUUGGAGUGUUUUCGAUCGAAUAUGGAGAAGCCGACUGUGUUUCAUGUGAUGGGCGACUUGUGUAUGUAUUUUCCACGACAAAUGCUUACGUUUUUUAAGAUGGAUCCACAGAAUGCUGCGUUUGUGUUAAUUCGAAAGAGUGAGUUUGAGGUCUUGAAGAAGAUUAAAAACGAGAAGGAGCGCCAAGAUAUGUUAGUGGAGAUCUUAUAUUGUUUCAAUAAAGUGGUGAAAUAUUUGUCAUUUGAAGAGAGAGUAGACGUCGCUGUAGAACAAAAAGAAGGGGUUCAGGUAAUCGACACGCAGAAGCAGAACACGUCUAUAACAAACUUGUUUUAUUCACUCUUUUGUGAUGUAGCGGACUGUGGGUUGAAUGAACAGUGUGUCGAGUUGUUUUUGACAUUCAUUGAGAUGUUUCCGAAGAAGUGUAAACCCGUCAAAGAUGUGUUAAUUCCAAUGAUACGAAACAUCUUGUUCACAUACAACACCCCAACAACACAAACGAUCACACAAAUAGUCGUGAUGCAGCCAAAGGAGUUAGUGAUCUUAGCUAUUAAAGUGUUAACGAAAUUACCAUUUGAUGAAGAAACGAUGAAACUCAUUGUUAACACAAUUAAGGAGUACAUCGACAGUGAAGACAUUCAUAUCAGGAAAGUAGUGACGAAAUUGACACCAGUCCUCUUACCAGAAAACAUCGACGAGAAGAGUGUGCACGUCUAUGAUAUUGGGCAGACCGUUCAGAAAUUGUUAGUUCGUGGGAUUAGUGAUCAAGUGUGUGGGAUACGUCAAACUAUUAUGGCGAGUUUUGACUCGCGAUUUGACUACUUUUUGAGUCAAACGGCGAACAUCUCGAAUUUGUUCAUGGCGCUGAACGACCAGAAUUUCAAUGUGAGACAAGAAGUGAUCCGAAUCAUCUGUCGAUUGACUACUUAUAAUCUCUGUUUCAUGAUGCCAUCAUUCAGAGACAUAUUAGCGAAGUUAAUAUCACAAUUAAAUGUUGGGAUUGCUGCUCUGACUAUUGAAGAGUCAAUUAUGUUAUUGACCACUGUCAUACAGUCGAGUGGCGACUUAAUUCUCCCAUAUAGUGAAGCUAUUAUUAUGGCAAUUAACCCUAAAUUGAAGACACUGACCCCUACAGACACUCCUACACUCUUAAUUGGAUUUUUGAAUGCGAUGACCGAGUUGAUUUGUAUGGGAAAUGUCGACGAGAAGUAUGUCAAGCAAACUCUUGAGACGGCUAUGACUAUUUUAAGACAGAAGGGGAUGUCAUUGCAGAAGACUAAAUUACGAAUAUCUGCUCUUCGAUCGAUUAAAAAGAUCAGUCGUACAUCACAAUAUGCAUCUAAUCUGUAUCAAACGAAUCCCGACUUGUUUGAGUUGUUAAUGGAGUUGUAUAACACCGACAAAAGCCAGGAAAUAACAAGUGAAGUUGUGUCAGUCCUUGGGGUCUUAGGAGCAAUGGAUCCAACUCAAUAUCGAAUGGGAUGUGAAACGGAAAUCAUUCAAGUUGAAAACGACGACAGUUUUGAUACUCGCAUACCUUCAGUGACAACACAAACAGACGCGUUUUAUGCGUGGACCGUCAUCAAUUCACUCUUGAAAAUACUGAGCACAAAUACACUUGUUUCAUUGCACCCGGACUGUCCAAGGAAAAUCACACAGACGUGUCAAUGGCUCAACCAAAUUAAGACGCCAAUGGUGUACCAAUUCUUGUCAUUUGUCUUCACACAAUUCAACAAACUCUUUCCACAAUGCCAACCUAAUGUUCGUGCGGAAAUUAUUAAUUCGAUCACUUCAUUACUCGACUGUGUGGAUAAGACUAUUAGAGACGCUCAAUUGACAAAACUGUUUAAGAUGAUUGCGCAGUUCUGGGACAACAAGAUCUUGUCUGCGACGUGCAAUUUGUGUUCCAAAUUAGCGGCAACAACAAAAGACGAGUUUAAGUUGUAUUUACCGAUAAUUGUCCCCGUCUUACUGAAUGAACUUUCACGACUUAAAUACAGUAACAAAGAUGAAGACAUUAAGAACAACGGGCCAUUGAUCAUGAAUAAGUGCUUUAACACGUUUGCAAAGAACAUCGACUUGAACGACAAUUUGUAUAGCAUUGUUCCAGUCUUUUUGGAACUCUUUGGAGAACAAGUUAACACGAACUUGAGAGAAGCUAUUUUGUACCACAUUUUCACGUUCUUUGCGAGUGUGAAUAUCUCGGAUUACGCGUCGUGGAUCAUUUCAGUCACUGUGAGUCAAUUACAGAAUGAAACACUACGAACAGUGUUGAUAGAAGGACUGUCGACAAUGGCAGUCAAACUUGGACCACAAUAUUUCUUGUUCCACGCGAGUGUGUGUGCUGCUUUAAAUAAGUACCCCCGUGUUAAAGCGAUAGACGAGUUUGAGAAGAAGUUGGACAAAAUCCGGUCGAGUCUCGACACGUUAAGUCGCGAGGUGAAACCACUCGAGAAAGAAAAGAUAGACAUAUCGAAGAAGAUCGAACAGAAGAAUAUAGCGAGUGAGAGUGUUGAUGACCAAAAUAAGUACUUUGAGUUGUGGCAGAACUGCAAACAAUUUACUAAAGAGGAAGAGUGGAGUGACUGGACGGAAAGGAUCUUAAUCGAAACGAUUCGAAUGAGUCCGUCUGUGUUAAUCUAUGACUUCCAUAGUAUUGUGAGUAACAAUACAAACUCUCCUAUAGCAAGAGAUUUGUUCAAUUGUGCGUUCCAUUCAUACUUCAUAAUGUUGAAAGAGAACAAAAAGAAUGAAAUUCUUGAUGAUAUGAAAAUGGUCAUAACCCAACCGUCUGUCUCCCAUGAAGUAGUCGCGUUGGUUUUGAAUUUGGCGGAGUUUUUGGAACACGAAGAAUUGAUCAAACCAAUCAAAGAGUUUGGAGACUGCGCAAGCAAAAUUGGGGCAUAUGCGAAGUCUUUAAGAGCGAAAGAAAAUGCACUGAAGAAUGAGAAUGGGGAGAAGGAGGUGAAGCGGCGCGAGACGAUCGGGGAGGACGACACGCCUGUGAAGCAAAAGAUGUAUGAAGAGUUGAUUGGCUUGAACAAUCAAUUACAACGGAAAGAUGCUGCGAGUGGGUUGAUUUAUUUAGCUGAAAAGGAGAAUCAAAUGAAAUUGAAUUCCUCGUGGUUUGCGAAAUUAGGGAUGUGGCACAAAGCAUUGACCAAAUUGGAGGAUGAAGGAGGGAAGCGUGUAGAUGUGAAGAUGGAGUGUUUAUAUGAAAUGGGUGAUUGGAAAGCGUUAGAUGACACUAUCCAACCCUUUUGGAAUGAAGAUAUGAAGAAGUGGAAUUACUUAGAGAGUAAUGAUAUUAAGAGAGUAGUAACUAUGGUAGCUGCUUCGUCGUUCUAUAUGGAGCAUUGGGUUGAAUUGAAAGCUGUGAUAGAGUCUCCCGAGUUCAAAGAGAUGGAUCCAUUUGAUGCUGCGUUCUAUCGUAUAGUGUAUAACUUAUAUGAAGACAAUGAAACGACUUUAAAGGAAGCCGGUGCACUUAUUGAAGCACAAAAGUCGACCAUUCGAAUUGAACUUGGUGUGUUAUAUGCGGAUGGGUAUGAACGAUGUUACAACUCUUUAUCGCGUGCAGAGAUAAUCACUGAAUUGGAAGAAAUUUUGUUACUCAAAAAGAGGAAGAAUGAAGACGGGAAGCACAUCAAUAAGAAAGUCCUUGUCUCCAAUUGGGAGCAAAGACUUAUUAACUCACAACGUGAUAUUAAGACGUGGCAACGUAUAUUAAAGAUGCGAGAGCUUGUGUUAGACAAACGGGAGGAAGUGAAGUGUUGGAUCAAAUUCAUCGGGAUGUGUGACGAGAAGGGGGAGACCAAAUUAGGGUUGAGCACAUUGAACAUGCUUGCCUGUCACCACCUUGAGCCGACUAUUGAAAGUUUGCCGGUGGACAAUUUGGAGGUUGGGAUGAAGUACUUGAACAUCAUGUGGAGGAUGACGAAGGACUUAAAUGAGAAGCGUGGACUGUGUGAGUUACUUGAGGAGUAUAAAAAGAGAUGGAAGGGAGAGUGGAGUUUGUAUAUUUAUCAAAGUGGCAAUGAAGUGAAUCGUGAGAACAUCCGAACUGUAUUAGGGCAUUACAAAGAGACGAUAAGUCGAGUAAAAGAUAGUCAUAAAUAUUGGCAAAUGUGGGCGUUAGUGAAUUUAGAAGUAGUUGGGUUAUAUGAGAUCCAAAAGAGUAAUGGUCGUGGCGAUGUCAAAGAGUUAAAGAAAUUGAUGAAGUCGUAUGAGAACAGUACAGUAGAGAACAAAGAGAAGAUUAUCAAAGAGAAACAGAGUGAGAUAGAGAGUGUGAUAUCAACCAUUAACAAGGACGAAACAGAAGAAAUUGGAUUCAUAGAAGCGGCAGUUAAUGCCUUUGUCCAGUCAUUGUUACUCUCGAAGACUAACCACUUACAAGACACUUUGCGAUUACUUACACUGCUCUUUAAAUUUGGUAAAUUCAGAGAAGUCGAGCACGCUGUGACUGCGGGAAUUAAUGACUUGCCAGUCGAUAUAUGGUUGCAUGUAGUCCCGCAAAUCAUAGCAAGAAUACAGUCUGAUGUAUCUUCUGUGAGAAGAGUAACUACACAACUCUUGACUAUGAUAGGCAAAGCACACCCACAAGCUAUUGUCUACGCACUCACCGUCGCAUCCAAAUCGCCAAAUGAAGAUCGCCGUGCUGUAGCCAUUUCAGUGAUUGAGAAGAUAAAGAAGGAGAGUGGGCAUUUAGUGCAACAAGCGAUGUUAGUGAGUGAAGAAUUAGUUGGAGCGGCGAUUAUAGCCUUUGAGAUGUGGAAAGAAGCGCUGGAAGAGGCUUCAAAGGAGUUUUACAACAACAAGAAUUUCAAGGCGAUGAUGGACGUCUUAAAGCCGAUGAUGAUGAAGUUGGAUAUGCCCCGCAACAAGCGGGACCAAUCGUUUGUCUUGAUGUUUGGGAAAGACAUUAAAGAGGCGUAUUCGUACUUUGAGCGAUAUGAGAGUGUAGCUCAGGCGAGUGAUGAGAUACAGUAUAUCGAUGACUUAGCUAUUGGAUGGGAUAUCUUGUCUCGUAUGUACUUCAAGAUCACAAACAUUAUAGCGAAGAUUAAUGUCGUUGAACUGCCAUUAAUAGCACCACGCCUCUCUGAAGCUCGGGACUUGGAUAUUGCAGUACCUGGGACAUACAAAACGAAUCAAAGUGUGAUCACUAUCAAAUACAUUGACCCGAUCCUUGGUAUCAUCCCAUCGAAGCAACGUCCUCGGAAACUCACGAUAGUAGGUUCAGACGGGAAAGCUUAUAAAUACUGUUUGAAAGGACAUGAAGAUCUACGACAAGAUGAACGUGUGAUGCAACUGUUUGGGUUGGUCAAUGACUUGCUUGCUGGGAACUCGGAGACGUCGAACAUUCAUUUGAAGAUCCACUGUUAUGAUGUUAUCCCUUUAAGCUCAAUGAGUGGGUUAAUAGGGUGGGUCCCACAUUCAGACACCCUCCACCAAGUAGUCAAAGAGUAUCGGUCAGCAAAGAACAUCUCCGUCGACGCAGAAAAGAUCAUAUGCACGAAAAUGAUAGCCAACAAGUUCGACACACUGUCUGCGCUGAAGAAACUUGAGAUCUUCGAGAACGUCUUGGAGCAGUCGAAAGACAGAGAAAUGGACUUAGCGAACGCGAUGUGGAUCAAGAGUCAGUCUUCUGAGAUGUGGUUAGAGAAGCGGACCAACUUUACACGGAGUGUUGCUUUAAUGUCAAUGGUAGGGUAUAUCUUAGGUCUUGGGGAUAGACAUCCCCAAAAUUUGAUGUUACAACGAGUGACUGGUGAUGUUGUUCACAUCGACUUUGGUGAUUGUUUUGAAGUUGCUAUGAACCGGGAGAAGUAUCCUGAAAAGAUCCCAUUUCGACUGACACGGAUGAUGGUGAAUGCAAUGGAAGUGAGUGGGAUAGAAGGGACUUUUAGAAUCACAUGUGAGAAGGUGAUGGAAGUCCUUCGAGAGAACAAAGACAGUCUUAUGGCGGUGUUAGAAGCGUUUGUGUAUGAUCCGUUGAUAGUGACGAUAUUAGGGGGGAAAGAUCGUACGGAGCAAACAGCUAUAUUUGAGAAUCAAGAUAACCAAGACAAUCAAGACGAAUCGAAGAACAAAAAUGAAGAGAAGAAAGACGAUGAAGGUGAGAAUGAUGGGGAGGAUGAUGCGGACACUGAUAUCAAUUCGAAAGCGGGAGGAGUUACUAAGAGAGUACUUGACAAGUUGACUGGGAAGGACUUUGGGAAAGAAGUCGAUGUCCAGACACAAGUCGACAAACUGAUUCAACAAGCGAUGAGUCAUGAGAACCUGAGUCAGUGUUACCAGGGUUGGUUACCUUUCUGGUGA